AUGAGGGGACACUCCGGCGAUCGUCAAGCAUCCCAGUCUGUUGGUUCGGAGUCUUACGGGCGUCGUGCUUAUGAUAUGCCACCCACCGUGGCGCAGCGCCCUCCACGCCCCGAUUUCGUCGAUCCGAUCGAGUCGGUGCAGCGGCCGCGAGGAUAUCCAGAAAGGGACAGUGGUUGGGGCAACCGCCGCCGUCAUGGCUCAGGCCGUCCUGGCUCAGGCAGUCAUGUUGCGCCCGAAGGAGCUGACCCUCGCCGAAGCAGCGGCCGUCAGUACAGCCUCAAGGGUGCUCCUCCGCCGCCCCAGUCUCCUUCCAUGCGCGCGGCAUCACCGAGAUAUAGCUGGGCGCCGGAGACGAGGCAGCCGCUAGGUACACAGGACCCUCGACGACCGACAGCGUCUCAGCUGGAUGUGCCGCGGCCUCCUUCCCCUCCAGCCUUUGCUGUUGAGGUACCGGAAAAGGAGAGAAAGCUGGAGUACCUGCUUCGUACCAUUGAGGCAAGGCUGCACGCAGCGAGACAGACGCCUUGUUGGCAACGCCUCGACACGCACCUCUUUGUGCAACUUAUCGAGGAGCACAAGAAGGCGGGCAAAGAUAGUAUUAUGGUGUUGAGGACAAUGAACUCAGCACUAAGCCAUUAUCGUCUCUUCAUGCAAAGCCGCGAAGGACAGAUCGACGACCACGUCACAAUCGACAAAUUCGAGACCAUGCGGCACGGACUGCAGUAUAUCGUCUUCGAUAUCUGCGAGCACAACAAUUCUUACAUUCGCAAGAAAGGUCAUCGCGCCUUGUUGGAGCUGAGCCGUGGGGACAUGUCGCUUGUCAAGAGCAACUUGUCUGCCCUCGUCCAAAUCUUGCAGAACGACGACAUGGACGAACGCGACCUGGUCUCCGAACUUCUGUUCAGCCAUCUCGAGCUGGUACAAACCGAGAAACCGCUUGGAACUUGUCUCGCCGACUGCUUGCAGCUCAUGUUCUGCGAUCAUGCCAGCUUACGCCAUCUAGUGAUCGACUUCUUCUCCUCGGGCUGGGGCCAGAAAGCGGUGGAUCUCUGCAUCGGCGACUGCAUCCUCGAAGCUGCACUUGCCGAGCAUUUUGCUGCUGCUCUGCCGCACGUUGGCGACGGACACAUCGUCAAGCUUGUCGGGCUGCUGCACGACCUUCAAAGCAUCUGGAUCUCUCGGGACGACGCAGUCUCGGAGGCAUCCAUGCGGGCAGCCAGAGCAGCCGCGACCAGCGUCUUGUGGAACCUGGGUGUUGCCUUGAUGCGCAGAGCGAACGUUUACUCGGCAACAGAUAAAGAUCUCGUAGCGUGCGUAUCUGACGAUGGGGCCAACAUACUACCUCCGAUGUCGACGGAUCUCGCAGUCGCCAACGGGCUCAAGACUUUCAGUAACUUGGUCGCGGUUGUUGAUCGAGUCAUUCGAGAUCGCGACGAUGACCUGAAGAUGGCCGCAGCUCAGAAGCUGUCUGAAAACAGAAUCUUCCUCAACGACCUCGAAGCAUCCACCGCAUGGCUCUUCUGCUAUCUGCCUCUCGACACAGGAGAGGGCGGAACACAAUCGGUUGUCGAGCACUUUACACCUCCGCAAAAGCUCAUGCUGUUCCGAUCAGCCGCAAAUCUGGCCGCACGCGUGGCUUCAGCUGCCAAGCAGAGCCCAGCGGACCUCUCCUUCCCUGGCGACAAGACCGCCUCGGAGAUCGCACAAGUCGUUGCUUGGGCGCUAGGGAAGGAACUGCCCGCGAACAUACUUGCAGUUGUGGAGGAGCGCGGAUGUACAGGAGGAGAACCCGCCUACUUCAUUCUUGCUGCCGAGGCGCUACUCACUGCGAUCCAUCACUGCGAGUCGUGCAUGUCGGUCUGCAAACAUCGGCCAAGGACGAUCUCGACCGACGAUCAUCUCCGCAUAAGGGUACGAGGACUUCAAGCGCUCGCACAGAAGAUCGAUGACGAGCAGCGAGGCCGAGACGAGCUCCAGCAGGCCGCAAAGGUUGUACUCGCUUUGGGUCAGGAGCACCUACGCGUAGCAUGGACUAGGAAUGCGGAGCAGCUGUCACCAGCGUGGCUAAUGGCACCUCCGCACAUGCCUGGCUGGGUCAAGCCGACAGCAACCGCGGUCCUCACAUCACCAAAGACCAACUCUCGGAAGGACAAAAAGAGACAGAACGACGAGAUUGAGCAGGAAGAUGCGAGCAAAGACAGACGCGCCCGUCGCGGCGAGCCUCACGCUUCAAAACAAGAAGGAUCGACGCAAGGACAGAGUUUGGCGGUCAAGCACAACUCGUCGAACACUGUCAAGAACGAGCCGGCUACCUCGGGCACCCAGCACGAAGAAACUGGCAUUGCCAUUCGGGGAUCGAGCAAAGCUCAGUCCCAUUCGCCCACGCUGCGUAGGGCGGACUGCUAUCGACCAGGAUCGACCGGAUACCAACGAGCAGAGCCGGCGUCGCCGUCGCUUCUGAAUCGCAUGCAAAAGCGAAGAGUAUCGGACGAAUGGCCGGAGACAUCGCGCUCAAGGGACAGGCCGAGGGACGUGCGAGAAGAUAGUCGAUCGCGAGACUGGUAUGAAAAUUACGACGAUCGAUGGGAUCGCCGCGCUGAGUACGACUAUGGCGACUACGGCGAGAAGAGGCGUCGUUGA